AUGUGCAAUUGUUUUACAGAUGAUGUUAAAGUUGGUGAAGGUGAAGGUGAUGAUGGCGAAGAUCUUGUGGCACGCAUCCGUGAGGAAGCCAAAAUUCUAGUCGAUCACGUGCUCGAAGAGAGUGUUGAUUUCAUUGAGAACCAGGGGGAACAGCCCAAUGGUCACGACUUUAUAAAGCACGAAUACAAUUCAGAGAGUGAAAACUAUGCUAUAACAUGCGACGAUAUUGUCGGCGUUGAUGUCAUCAAAUCGCCAACAAUUGAGUCCAUGUCGGGCAAGUCAUUCGAUGAUAAUAUGAGUUUUACCGACGAGCACAUUAACUUACCCUUGCAUGCCCAAAACAUAACAACAACAACAACAACAAUUACAUCGCAGUUACAACAACAAGAACAACAGCAGCAGCAGCAGCCACUAGCCACAACCCCAUCAACCCCAUCAACAGCAAAAGUGCCUAGUGAAGGGGAAGAAAAGACGGAGGUGCGUACCAGACGUAUCGAGCAUAAGAUUGAAAAGUUAUCCGCUGAUGUAGAUGUCAGCGAUGUCAGCGCACGAUUUAAUGAGACAUUCGAAACAGUUGUACAAGAGGACGAGAUAAGUGCUCUGCAGGGUGAAUAUUCCAAGCUCAGUUGGGAUGAUAGUGUAUCACCCACGACUAACACAAUGGCCGACAUGGCACAGACCCAACUAACGCCCGAUAAUGAUAUUCAAGAAUUGACAACAGAUACAACAACAACGACGACAACAUCAGAUGAAACGGUGGUCGAAAGCAAUACAUUCGCGACCACCAGCCACGACACACCCACACCGAAACCUCGCGUACUCAAAACAAGCCCGCCCGACUCCAUCUCCGAAGGCACAGAUAGCACAACCAUUCCAAAUCAAGUGCAACAAUCCGACUUACCGAUCGACAUAUCCGCACCAGUUCCGAAACCACGAGCGCCCAUAAAGCACACAGAUCAGUUUGAGAACCUGGCUGCCUUGGGUGAGCAAUCCGACAGCAUUAGUCUGCGUAGUUUUGAUUUUACAGAGGAACUUUCCAAAACAGACGAGCCCUCUACUGAGCUGUCCAUACGUUCUCAGCUACGGGAUGUAGUCACCACGACAACCACUACAACUGCUUCUGAGGAUCACACCGAAAGCUUCGAGCCAACGAGUGAGAUUUCAGUGGACGAAGCAGAUACUGAAAAAUCAGAGGGUGUCGAGAAGACAACCAGCUUUUAUAUUGGCGAGUCAAGUCGAAAUGUGAUCAUCAAAACUUCUACGAAAUCCCCAAGCAUGACCCCACAGGAUGAAGAUCCUAAGAUCGAAAUGAAUAUUGAGGCCAAAGAUAUAUCCUUGAUGAAGGAGGUGUCCGUCGAUUCGGAUGAAGCUAAUGAUGCUUUCAAAGAAUAUGUAACUAUGAAGCCCGAUGAUCCCCUCGGUUUAGAUAGCAAAAUAGUCAGACAAGGUUCAGAAACUAGAAAUGAUCUCUUAGAAUUUGAAAAUGCUGACAAAGAUAAAUCCACCGAUGCAAAACUUUCGAAAGUCACCACCGAGGAGAGCCUAACCACGUCGACGGGUUCUAGUGGUCGUGCUGUUAUUGAGGUGGCACCUUCAAGUAGUGAAGAUCCAGACGAAUCCAGUAAGGAAAUUCCAGAAAUAGUCAACACAAUUGCUGAAAAGCCAGACAAAUUCGAGCUUCCACUUGAGAAAAGUGAGUGGGAAAUAUCAGAAAAGGAAAUUCCCACUGCAAGUAAGCCAAAGGUAGUGCACUCGCCACAGCAACCACAAGCAACUUCUGAGAAACAAGUCAUUGACGAGAUGCUUUAUAGUCAGUCCAUUGCAGAGAUUCAAGAAUCCGUCGAGAACGUAAAAAAAGAUUUUGAACUCAACCAAAUGUCUCAAGCUUUUAGCACUGAUGUUGAGAACGAGGACUUAUCAUCCUUUAUAGGUAUACCCGAACUUCAAGCCUCCACAAUAGAUGGUACCCAGCCACCAGAGGGUCUUUUUGAUACAACCAUCAAGGAGACAUUAAACAAACAAGCUGCUAUGGCUCAUUAUGCAAAAGAUAUGCUUAGCCAAAUAGAGCGGCGUGAUGAUCAUGGAUCUCUCGGGUUUGUCUCAACAGGCACGGCUGAAGAUUUUAGUUCAAUGGAGGACCGUUUGACGAAGGAAGAGCAAGGCUCACUUGGCUUUAUAUCUACGGAAACGGCUGAAGACUUUAGUUCAAUGGAGGACUAUUACACGGAGAGGCUAGCAACGGCAUCUGUAGUCGUAGAAGAGAGCAUUGCAGAUAAAUCCAUGAGCAGUACUUUUGAAGAAGCAAUUUCAGAUCAAAGUAUUAAACCAGUGGACUUAGUGGUUCAUCGCAUAAAAAGUGAUACCUCGCCAGACUCCGCCAAUCGCUGGUCCAUUCCAGAUGUUGAUAAUUCCAGCUCCAGCGAUAGUUAUCACAAGAGCUUCGAGAAAACACACAGUCGUCCACUUUCGUCUGAUGUAGAAAACUUGCUUACAGGUACUGGAACAUCAAGUGAUUACCAAACCGCUCGAGACUUCACACCUUCCACCUGUCGCGAUGGUACCGAAUACGUGAGUGCAGUCAGUACUCUAGGAAGCAGCAGCAGUGGAAAGUCUAUUAGCUCGCACGAGAGCAUGCGCAGCCUGGACUCGCAGUCGGAAACGUCGGCCAAUCUGAUGAGCAUUGAUGUCUCUGAAUUGUCGGAGACUUUGGUAGCUACAUCAACAGAAGCUGAUGCCUUAGAGGCUGAAGAAAUGGCUCGCCUGCACGAGUUGCGCGCAGAUGACGACGAUAGUGAUGAAAGCCUAGAUAUGAUGGCUUCUUCCCAUCACAGUGGCGACCAGCAAAGCUCGAUGAAGCGCUCUCAGGAAAUGAUAUUCAAGCCAAAAUCCGAGUGUGAAAUUAUACCUCAGCAACAAUCGGCUCAGACAAUGCAGAUUGAAGAGUAUCCGAAACCAAAAGAGGUCGAGCGCACUUGGGGCUUAGCAUAUCCGAUUGAUGAGAAAGAGGGAAAGAUUGAUAGUUCUCGGGAUAGCGAUAAAGGUGAAGAUAUUUUGCUUUAUCACGGCGAUCCCCGGCGUUCGAUUGACGAGUCGAAGCUGGCAUCAAGUUUAGAUGAAGGAAGCAUACUUUCCGUCAGCAUGUCUAGCACAUCGAACAUUGACACCGUUGUUGAAAACUUUGAUGAUAUAAUUGGUUCUGCCGGCUCAUCAUCGUUGACGGGAAUUGAAGGUUUUCAGUAUGGCCACGAUGAUCCAGUUCCUUCCACGUCCGUACCAGAAGAUACAUUUGUAUUGGAGAUGGAAAGUAAGGAAAAUUCACCACAAGACUCAAAUGCCAGUACGCCACCUGGCAGUGAGUCAAAGAGACGCGGUCACAAGCGCAAUGAAAGCACGACGAUUUCUGGAGAUGCCCUGAAAAAUUUGGACAAGGAUUCAGCUUUACCAGGCGAAGGCAAGGAAUCUGAAAGCGAGUCCGAUACAGACCCCUAUGAAUCCGAAUAUGCUCGUCAGUUCCGCUCCCCGAAAGAACGAAAACACAAGAAAAAGAAACAAGCCGCAGCAGAAAUGGACCACAGCUCCGAGCUUGAGAAACGUCCAUUUACACCUUCUCAGCUGGUAGCCGAAGUUAUUGUUGAGGACGCAACAGAAGAGUUAGAGGCGGAAGCAGCUAUGAUUGAAGAGCGACGACCAUCACAAAACAUGCAAAACUAUUCAAAUAUACCCGACAUUAUGGUAACUGAGGAUGUUAAGUCGCCCAUUUUAGAAGAUGCUGAUGAGUACCCCGAGAAGACUUUGUACAAAGUUCGCACUGAAGAGGAGCUUGACAAGGCUAGUGAUGUUGGCAUUUAUCAAAAGGCCAAGGCCGAAGAGAAAGAGCUCGACUUCCAAAGGCGUGUACAGGAACAAUAUAAACAGAAACUUGAAGAACUAAAACGGGCCGAAGUGGGUGCAGAUUACGAGGAUCAAAGGGCAGCGGAUUCACCGGACUCCUUCGAAAUGGUUGAACAGCCUGAUAUAUCUGACGAGUUUGUCAUUAUUGAAGAAGUAGCCAAAGAGGCCAAUGAGGUUGACCUGGGAGGCAAGAGCAUAAAGAUUAAGCCAAUCAAAUAUGAGCAAAAGCAUGAUCAGGAUGUUGAAAAAAUCAUUAUCAAAUCGGCACCUGCCGACCCCAAACUUGGCUCCCAGUUGUACAAGGAUGACCUCAAUUUUGAGUUUGAGGAAAGCCCGCCAACGGGAGCCAGCAGUAGCAGCGAGCAGCAGGAGGAAAGCGAUUCAAGCGAUACAGCAGCAGCUAAUAAGCGUUGGGUCGAGAUGCAGCUAACUGAUACACAGCUGCGCUAUCCUUACGAUCUUACGGGCGCAGUGCUGGAAGACAUCAAGGAGGAGGAUGGAGAAUUUGAGGUGGGCAGCAGUCGCAUCAGUAGUUUCAAGGACUCGUUCUCAAGCACACCCGAAUACGAUCUUGCGGCACGCCGCUAUCAUUCGCGCGGUGACCACGACGAUGUGUCUAUGAGCAGCCUGCAAGAGUUCGAGUCACUGGAGCAGGCUAUUUCACUAGAGAACCGAAAUCGCGCCCACCAGGGCUCCACGGACUCCAGCAACGGCAGCUUUACACGGCGCUAUAUAGUGAGGCAUAGUGGAAGCGGCACAGUGCCUGGCGAUGAUGUCUCCAUAUCAAGCCUAAAGGAUUUUGAGGGACUGGAGAAUGCAUGCAUCGAAGCUCAUCUUAUUGAGAUUAAGGCCAAGGAAGAGGCGGCUCUGCUCUCGCGCUCCGACGAAUCCAAUAAAUCAAAUGGUAGCGACCAUGGUGCCGCAGGUAAUGUGGUGGUCACUAAGGUUACUCGCACUGUGACCCGCACCGAAGUGUUGCCAGCAGGACAAGCUGACAACCUUGAACAUUUGCUCAAGCAACAAUUGGAACGGGAUGAAUUUGAUUCGAAAGCAGUUAGUUCAGUAAAAAUUAGCGAAUUACCAACCACAGAACUGGAUCCAAAGUCAAAGAUUGACAGCCAGGAUUCGGAAAAGGACAGCAUCGACAGCAUGGAGAUAAGGAGCCAUGACAUGAUGACUAGCAGCAUAGAAAGUUUCGAUAUAUCGAAGGAUGCUACCACACGCUCAGACAUCGACUCGUUGGAAAUUGACAAACGGCAUUCGCGACAGGAGAGCAUCGAAUCUUUUGGCGAUGAGCAGCUGGAUCUUAUGUCCAAAUUUGUCAGCGGAGGCGGAGUAACAUUAGGCGAUGGAUUGACCACCACAACGACGACCACAACCACCAGUACUGAUGCUGAUGGUCAAGAGCACACAGUAACACGCGUGAUAACUACCACAACAGUCUCCGGUGGCAGUGGUAUUCAUGAAUUGCCCCUGGAUGAGAGCGGUAUGUCAAAGGACAUAUCCGUUGAUUCUCUGAACCUGUGCAUUGAGCAAACAACCAGCUCGGCUGGCACAACAGCCACGUAUCAGACCAGCGCAGGAAAUUCACAGAUGUCGGGCAGUGUUACUAGCUGUGCAUCAAGCACGUUAAUGGAAGACUCGUUUCCUGGUGUGGGUGGCAUGUCGUCCUCUCAAAUGUCGGCCAGUUUCUGGUCGCAUGAUGAGUCCACGGUGGUUGAGGAUGAGGAUCUAAGGACACAACAACAACAACAACAACAACAGCAAAACCAGUAA